AUGAUGGAGACAGCAUGGGCAAAAUUAGCCGACUACUACGAGCUCACAGAAGAUUCACCUGUCUAUUCGGCCGCGACAGUCUUGAAUCCUUCUCUCAAAUGGACAUACAUGGAAAAGACCUGGGAAGACAGGCAAGAGUGGAUUGAAAGAGCGAAGGCUCGCGUUGGGCAGUUGUGGAGAGAUGAAUACAAACCGGCCUCGCAGUGCUGCAUUACCAGACCAAUUCCUGAACAAAGACCAGAUGCAAAACGGCCAAACGGAUACAAAAUAUGGAUGAAAGAGCAGAAGGCUACGAUUUUCAGCAUGGAUGAUGACGAGUAUGAUGUGUACUGUCGCGAACCUGUAAUCAUGGUAUCGGAUCCGCUCAAAUGGUGGCUGGAUCCAGCGCAGCGGCGACGAUUUCCCGGCCUAUCCUUGAUGGCUAUAGACAUUCUGUCAAUCGCGCCGAUGUCGGCGGAAACGGAGCGACUCUUCUCUAAGGCUAAGUUAUCAGUGACCGAUCAGCGAGGUUCUAUCAACGUCGAAACACUCAAUCUUCUGGAAUGCCUCAGGUCUUGGGAUAAUAGCGCACUGAUACUUCCGACAGAGUGUCGAUACAUGGACGGCAGCCACGACACCUUCGAACGCGUCAGCUCUGAAGCCUAA